GGCAAUUUGGAGGGGAGGGGUAUCCAUCGUCAUUCCCGGAAGAGAAGCGGACUUGGAGAAGAGGAAAAAGAGGGCUGCUCCCUGCAUUGAAGUGCAUUGUUGCAACAGCUGAGAGGGUCCCGGAAGUGGCCCUGUUUCCGCCUCCUCCUCCAUCCUUUCCUCUGGCAACGCAAUGGCCUCUGAGACCCCCUCUGAACGGCCUCUUCUCAGAGGUGGAGUGGAAAGAGGAGCCAAGCAGCUUCCUCAGGCCCUCUUGACCUUUGAGGAGGUGGCUGUGUUUUUCACGGAGGAGGAGUGGGCUCUGCUGGAUCCAGGCCAAAGAGCUCUGUACAAGGAAGUCAUGGAGGAGAAUUAUGAGAUGGUGGCCUCUCUAGGUGAUGGAGAAGACAAUCAGAAUCAUGAGGGGCCACCUGUGAAGUACUACAGUGUGAGUGAACACCUUAGCACACAUCUACAAACUAACAGAGGGGAGAAACCAUUCAGAUGUAUGGAGUGCGGAAAGAGCUUCAGACAGUCUUCAAACCUUACUAGACAUCAACAGAUUCACACAGGGGAGAAACCAUUUAAAUGCUUGGAGUGUGGAAAGAGUUUCAGACAGUAUUUACACCUUAAUGUACAUCAACAAAUUCACACAGGGGAGAAACCAUUUAGAUGUGUGGAGUGUGGGAAGGGUUUCAUUAGGAGUGCAAGCCUUACUCAACAUAAACGGACUCACACAGGGGAGAAACCAUUUAGGUGUACGGAGUGUGGAAAGAGCUUCAGGCAGAGUAAUAACCUUAUCAAACAUCAACAAACUCACACAGGUGAGAAACCAUAUAAAUGUUUGGCGUGUGGAAAGAGCUACACUGAAAGUCGGUCACUUGCAAAACAUCAACAAACCCACAGAAAGGAGAAACCAUAUAGAUGUAUGGAGUGUGGGAAGGGUUUCAUUAGGAGUGCAAGCCUUACUCAACAUAAACGGACUCACACAGGGGAGAAACCAUUCAGAUGUAUGGAGUGCGGAAAGAGCUUCAGGCAGAGUAAUAACCUUACCAAACAUCAACAAACUCACACAGGUGAGAAACCAUAUAAAUGUUUGGUGUGUGGAAAGAGCUACACUGUAAGUGGGUCACUUGCAAAACAUCAACAAAGCCACACAGAGGAGAAACCAUAUAGAUGUAUGGAGUGUGGGAAGGGUUUCAGUGAAGCUGGAAAACUUACAAGACAUCACCGAACUCACACAGGGGAGAAACCAUAUAGAUGUAUGGAGUGUGGAAAGAGCUUCAGGCAGAGUAAUAACCUUACCAAACAUCAACAAAUUCACACACGGGAGAAAGCAUAUAAGUGUUUGGCGUGUGGAAAGAGCUACACUAAAAGUGCGUACCUUGCAAAACAUCAACAAACCCACACAGAAGAGAAACCAUAUAGAUGUACGGAGUGUGGGAAGGGUUUUAGUGAGGGUGGAAAACUUACAAGACAUCACCGAACUCACACAGGGGAGAAACCAUAUAGAUGUAUGGAGUGUGGGAAGGGUUUCCGUGAAGGUGGAAAACUUACAAGACAUCACCGAACUCACACAGGGGAGAAACCCUUUAGAUGUACAGAGUGUGGAAAGAGCUUUAUUCACAAUGGAGCACUUAUUGUACAUCUACGAACUCACACAGGGGAGAAACCCUUUAGAUGUAUGGAGUGUGGAAAGAGCUUCAGUCAGAAAGGAAACCUUAAAAAACAUCAACGAAUUCACACAGGGGAGAAACCAUUUAGAUGUAUGGAGUGUGGGAAGUGCUUCAGUGAAAGCGGAAAUCUUACUGCACAUCAACGAACUCACACGGGUGAGAAACCAUUUAAGUGUAUGGAGUGUGGAAAGAGCUUCCGUGAAAAUGGAAAACUUAUUAUACAUCAACGUACUCAUACAGGGGAAAAACCACUUAAAUGUAUGGAGUGUGGGCAGAGCUUCAGUCAGAAUGGAACUCUUACAACACAUCUACGAAUUCACACAGGCGAGAAACCCUUUAAAUGUAUGGAGUGUGGGCAGAGCUUCAGUCGGAAUCGAACUCUUACAACACAUUUACGAAUUCACACAGGGGAGAAACCCUUUAAAUGUACGGAGUGUGGGCAGAGCUUCAGUCGGAAGGGACGCCUUACUCUACAUCAACGGACCCAUACAGGGGAGAAACCAUUUAGAUGUAUGGAGUGUGGGAAGUGCUUCAGUGAAAGCGGGAAUCUUACCGUACAUCAACGAACUCACACGGGUGAGAAACCAUUUAUAUGUAUGGAUUGUGGGAAGUGCUUCAGUCACAGUGGAGGUCUUAUAAGACAUCUACAAACUCACACAGGAGAAACCCUGUAAAUAUUUGGAGUGUGGAAAGAACUUCAGUGAAAAUGGAAAACUUACAAUGCAUCAACCAUCUUACACAGGUGAGAAACCAUUUAAAUGAAUGGAGUGUGGAAAGUGAUUCAGUUAUAACAGAGUUCUUAAUAAACACCUACGGACUCUCACAGGGGAGAACCCAAUUAGAUGUAUGGAUUGUGCCAAGCGUUUUCCACAGAGUUCACUUUGUCCCUCAUAUCAACAGAAAGCAGAGACAUCACCUUGCUGAUAAAGGUCCAUAUA